AUGAAUCCCGAAUACGACUACCUUUUCAAGCUACUCCUCAUCGGUGACUCCGGUGUUGGAAAGUCUUGCUUGCUGCUUCGUUUCGCCGACGAUACCUACACCGAAAGCUACAUUUCGACGAUUGGUGUUGACUUUUGGGACACCGCCGGCCAGGAGCGCUUCCGUACUAUCACAUCUUCUUAUUACCGCGGUGCUCAUGGAAUUUGCGUGGUCUACGAUGUCACCGACAUGGAUUCCUUCAACAACGUGAAGCAGUGGCUUCAGGAGAUCGACCGGUAUGCCACUGAGGGUGUUAACAAGCUGCUUGUGGGUAACAAGAGCGAUAUGGAGGACAAGAAGGUUGUGGAGUACACCGUUGCCAAGGAGUUCGCCGACAGCCUCGGAAUCCCUUUCCUCGAGACAUCGGCCAAGAAUGCGUCGAAUGUUGAACAGGCGUUCUUGACAAUGGCACGCCAGAUCAAGGAACGGAUGGGAACGGCCACGGUCAACAACAAGCCGACUGUGCAGGUCGGUCAGGGCCAGGGCGUCCAGUCUGGAUCGUCAGGGAGCUGCUGCUAA